AAGGUUUGUAAUUAUGGUUGUACUGUUAAUUUAAGGUUCUAUAAUUUUCUAAGAGUACAUUGGAAACCAAGUCACUUACAAUAAUUUCCAUAGAAGGCCGAUUAAAUUUUUUAUUUUAAACAAUGUGUUAGUAAGACAAAAAUAAAUACUCUCAAAAUAUCAACCUGUUGGGCAUAAUUGCCAAAUAAUGUUUUUUUUUUAUAUAAGAAUGUACAAGAAUCAUAAAUGUGCGUGUUUUGUAACUACUAUAUUGCCAAAACUACUGUUUUACUAAAUUUAUGAAAAUAUAACUAUUUCUAAUCCUCAUGCAUACACAGCCUUCUCAAUGCCUGGUCAUAAUAACACAAAGUGUUUACCCCACGUUUCCAAAAUACAAUUUAGGCAAUUGAUCUUAUCAACAGUAAUAGUUUGUUUAACAAAUUAAAACUCAGAUAACUCUUUACUAAGAACAACGAUUUAGUGACUUUGACUCUCAAAUGUAAACAGGAGUAUCACAAUAUCUUUGUGUGUACAAGGGGCUAUGUUCAAAACAAAACUUCUAUAUUUGUCUCAAAAUCAAUUUCAUGAAUGGGAAUUAUUAAAAAAACUGUAGUAACUGCAAUAUUUUGUAAGGAUGCUCAAAGAAGAAAUAAUACAGCCCAAGGAAAUAGGAAGCAAAUAUGGGUUGAACAUCCCGUUGGUGAUGAGAGCUCAAUGGAAGGCGCUAAGGGGAAAGAAGAAAUGGGACCUUUGGGUGCCGAUCCCUUACGUGAAGCUGAGCUAUACAGGCAGCAAACAAUGCCACAGUUUGUUGGAUUGUGCUGAGAUCAUGCAGAAUGUGCAGAAAAGCUACCAGGACAAAGGUCUGGGCGACCUGCCUUGGAAUUUUGCAAUCAGCAGCGAGGGCUAUGUCUAUCAAGGAAGAGGCUGGUAUACAGAACCUGUCAUUCCAGAACACCUCAAGUGGCUAAAGGGAAACAUGCUCGACAUCGCCUUCAUUGGAGACUACAAGUUUGACGACCCAACUUGGCUGAUGCAGAAUUUAGCAUUGGAGCUGAUAGAAUAUGGGGUGUUAACAGGUAUCUUGAAACCAAACUUCAGAAUCAUUCCAUACAGAGAAAAGCAAACUUCACAGCCCGGGAGUACGACAUAA